CUUUUCUUGAUUCUCUAUUUCUUAAAAAAAAAAUGUAGGGAAUCUGCAGAUGAGAUGCGAGAUAGUAUGAUCGCGGCCUACAACUUGUCACGCACCAUCAACAGGAGUCUUCAAGGUUAUGACAGGAAAGUUAGGCCAAACGCAGGAGGUCCGCCGGUUAUUGUGAAGAUUGAAUUCAAAGUUAUUUCUUUUGGAGAGAUCAAGGAGGCUAAUAUGGUAUGGCAGUCUACCUAGUUUAAAACCUGUGGAAAUUACUUAAAUGGAAUUGCUUAAAGCAUAACAUGGCUGAUUUGGUCGAUGAUUCAAGAAAAUAAGUCUAGGUUUUAGCUAGCGUUUUGUAGCACGAGCCAACGUUUCUUUUUCUCCCUUAGAAUAUUUAGUGACAACAAUUAUCUACAUGUAUUGAAGUUUGGGUUGACGGCAAGUACUCUGCUAGGUUUGAGUCAGUUAUCACUCAAUCCUGGUGACUAUUGUUUGGGGCUUGCUUUGUUUUCUGGAAAUGGCGUUUGACAGUCAUUGCCUAGAGGGUUCAAUACGUCGCACUCCCAAUUAAAUAUUAACCGAGGGACAGCAUAAAGUUUUCAGUUAUUGUCUGAACGUUUUUAAUCCUACAGCAUCUUAACAUCUUACCUUUUUUUUCAAAGGAGUACUCAAUGGAUAUUUUUAUGCGUCAGUGGUGGAAUGAUCCGAGAUUUAAAAACAACUACAGCCAACCCUUCAACAUGGCAGCUGAUCCUACCAAACUUUUUUGGACUCCAGAUACGUACUUCUGGAACGUUAAGGAUGCUAAAUACCAUUUUGUAACCAGAGAAAACAUGAGAGUGAAAAUAUCUCCUGACGGAGAGAUUUAUUACAGCACGAGGUAAAUGAAAGAACUGAACAGAAGCUGGGUCAGAGCUCGGUCCAAAAUAAUAAUUAUAAUAACAGUAAUAAUAAUACUUUAUUUAUCUUCUCUCAUUAUGGGCCUUUUCAGGGAUAAUGAAACAAAUAAUUCAAAUAGAACAUUAAAUGGUUAAAAAUCCCAACUAGUAGGAGGUGAACCAUUUGUCUAUUUUACAAGCGUCAGGCCUAGCGAAACCAGAACUACCCGAGAACAAAUUCAGCUAGCGGUAAGGGCGGGACUUGAACUCGGGGCCUCCGAAUUGAAAGUCCAGUGCUCUAACCGCUCGGCAACGCUGUCUUGUGCUUCGCGAUAAAAAAACACUCAAAAGCAAAUUAAUGUAAAAAAGACUAAAAAAAAGUUUGUAAAGAUUCAGCUGUUUUAUUUUUCAGAAUAACUCUAACUGCUCAAUGUGACAUGAACUUGCGGCUUUACCCAAUGGACACACAGUAUUGUCCGCUUAUCAUAGAAAGUUGUAAGUAUAAAUGCAUGUUACUUACUAACUUUCUCGACAAUUGAAAUAUUGUGAAUCCUAUACCAGUAUUAAUACAUGUGAAUGAUAGUAGAAAUAAAUAAAAUAAAUACUAUUUUUCUUUCUUAUAUCGCAAGGAGACUUUGUAUCCGGGCAAUUUGAUUUUAACCUUCUUUCAGUUUAUUUAUUGAACCUUUCUCGUUAUGACAGAUGCCUACACGACAGCUGACGUGGAUUACCGCUGGAAAGGAGGAGACGACCAAGGGAUAGAGAUCGUAUCCGCUGAAAUGGCGCAAUUUGAUCUCGUAGGCGUAAGCACUCGUACUAAAGCUCAGACGAACAGUAAAGGUAUGAACCAGAAAAAUAUUAUUCUGUAUUUAUAUCAAGGUUGCACUGUACUGACCUUUUAGUAAAUGCUGAUGGGAAAGCGGACAGACUCUUUUGGUUUCGUGUUCAAGUGGAAUUACCAUGUCUCGGAAAGUUUCAUUUCUAGCCCUCUACUGGCACUUUUUAAAUAUUGAUCCUUCUUCUAUACACAUGAGAAAGUUUAGAUAGCAAUUUUAAGGUCGAUGAUCCAUGACGAACACUGCAAUUACUUCUUCACGAACAUUACAUUUUUUCGUAUUUUUAAUUUGAUCAAGUCAUGCAGUUCUCGGUGAAUUUCAAACGCCGUUGGGGGGGCUCUUCAGCACAACAUUUCAAUACUGAGGAAGGUCCAAAAAUUAUUUUUCAUAAGUGUCUUUUUGGUUUGAUUUUUUUAAAGGCUCAUUUGCAAGUUUGACGGCAGUAUUUUCAUUCCGCCGACGCACGGAAAGUUUCAUCUCGUCCAUCUUCGUCCCUUCUAUAGUCCUUGUCGUCCUCUCGUGGUGCUGUUUUUACAUCUCUCCUGCUGCAGUUCCGGCAAGAGUUGCUCUUAGCAUUACCACUAUAUUAACCUCAAUUCUGCUCAAGGGUAAUGUUAAUAGGGAUAUGCCAAAAGUCAGCUACAUGAAGGCAGUGGACUAUUUCAUGCUUACCUCCUUUGGUUUCAUUUUCGCUGCUUUGAUUGAAUAUAUCAUAGUGCUAAACAGUGACCCAGUAUUGCCUUCAUGGUGCAAAAGGAGACAGAAAAUGGACGAGAAACAAAAAUUUACUGUGGUAAGUGAGGUAAGUAAAGAAAAAAGUGGCUUAAUUAAAAAAAAAAAAACAAAAACAAACACAAACCUUUUCACCCUUUUCUUAAAAAUAGACGAAACAUAGCUCCCAGAGAAUAUUUCUUUUCACGAGAAGAUAUUUAGAGAAUGGAACAUACAGGCAAAUUCGAAGCAACGAUAUUUUCGGAACGGAAAAUUUCUUUGUUUUCUGAAAGUUUUCACCAGUCUUAUAAUCUUAUUUGGCACAUGACGUCCCCUCACGUGACUGUCUUAAUGGCUGUAUUGCUUCAGGCCCCUUAAAUCCUUGUUCAAUGUUCGACCACGUUUCUGAUAAGAUCACACGACCGAGAAAGAGGUUAUGAACUUUGAAUCGGUAUGUUUCCAUCAUUCCUGUUUAUGUUUCCGGGGCAGGAAAUUUAUCUUUCAGGCAUUGUUUCCUCCACAAAAUUUUGCAAACCUAUUGUUUCCAAUUUCUCCUCAAUCGAAAAAAAUUCUUAUGCAAUUAAUUUUGGAGAGAAAAAACUGUAAUAUGCUGGGUUGGAUCUUGGGCUCUUUCCAAAUUUAUCUUUCCCACUUCAAUCACUCUCCAUUAAGAUACUCUUGAGUAGACAAUUUAAUUUUCAGAUCGAAUUGAAAUUUGGAAAUGUUAAUUUUUGACGAAAGGGAAAAACGAAGGAGGAAAACCAAGAACAACAAUUUCAAUCUCAAGCCACAACUGGCCUCGAUGGCAAGACUCAAAUUCAUCGAUCAUUGACGGGAGGCGAGUGUUUCUUACCACUGCGCCAUCCGAAAAUUGCUCCGUUCUCGGAGUUUCCUCGGCUCGUUAGUUGUUUCCGAAUCCUAACCCGAGUCCGACAGAGGUUUUUUAACCUCACUCUUGUCAAACUCACUAAGAAAUAGGUCGCAAAAAAUGGCAAUGUGGUUUCUCACUGGGUGUAGUCGAGAAAACCAGACUUUACUUGGAUUUGACUUGGGUGAAUGAAUAUCUUGAGCUUGAUAUCAAUCUUAUUGCUAUCGUAGGUCCAAGGCGAAGACAGCGUUGAUCUUGUUGUCCAGGUAAUGGAUGAAGGCUCAUGUAGGAUCCGUAGCAACAAGGGGAACUUCAAGCUGAAACCAGAAAUUAAGAAGGAAUCUGCAUCAAAAGAUCAAGAAAAACCUAAAACCAUACCGAAGGUUCAUUGGAUUGACCGCAUAUCAAGAUUUGCGUUUCCUAUUUUGUACGUACUUUUCCUUGUCUCUUACACCUUAUAUUAUGGGCUGCUGAGGGACGCUAGUAAAGAAAACGUGCCUGAAGAAUAA